AGGCGUCUGCGUUUCAUUUGAUCUUCACGAUUCAUUUUUUUACCGCUGCACCGGUUACAAAAUAAAAACAAAUAACACGUGCCUCUGUUUCCUAUAUCUGUUUACUGUCAAUUGAACAAGAUUUUACAGGCCUAAUAAUGGGCAGGAUUGCCAGAAAGAAACAACACAAGGGAGAUAAACCUUUAAAGGAAAAAUACAGAACCAAACGUAAAACGAAAGAUUUGGAUGAAAUACACGAGGAUAUGAAGCCAGCUAAAGCACAAAAAUUGUUGAAUCAAGAGACAGACUAUGACAGACCUGGUGCCGGACAGUUCUAUUGUAUACAUUGUGCGAAAUAUUGUAUAAAUGAACAGGCAUUAAAGGAACAUUUUAGAGGCAAACCUCACAAAAGGAG